AUGUACCCUAAGGGGACCCCUCGGUUCGAGCCCGCCAGCCCAGAAUUCGAGGACCGCAUUCACCCCGCGUCUUUGUCUACCUGCGGCGUCCACAACCCGGCGCUCUUGGAGUUUAUCAGGACGGAUGUGUCUGAGGAGCUAGUUUACUUCCUCUCGAUGCGCACCACCGAGGUCAUCGCUUGCUCCACGACAAUCCCUUCCCUCCCCACUCCUCCUCAGACCCCCGUCAAGAAGGGCAGCUCCUCCACUUCCUCCUCAUCAGCCGGUCUCCCCUCCCUCGAAACCUUCAUCGGUCACGUCUGCGAGCAGUCCAACGUCCAGGUCUCCACCCUGCUCGCGACCCUCGUCUACCUCGAGCGGCUCCGUCACCGUCUCCCCAAGGUCGCCAAGGGCAUGCCCUGCACCCGUCAUCGCGUCUUCCUGGCCACCCUCAUCGUCGCGGCCAAAUACCUCAACGACUCGUCCCCCAAAAACAAGCACUGGUGCCGGUACGCGCAGAUGUUUAGCCAGGCGGAGGUCAACCUGAUGGAGAAGCAGCUCCUCUACCUGCUGGACUAUGAUCUCGGAAUUACCGAGGGGGAGAUUACCGGACAUUUCCAACCCUUCCUCUCCCGGUACAGCUUUGACGACGAGCCCGUCCUCUCGUCUUCGUCGUCAUCGCCCGAGAUCUCCUCCCCGGUUAGCCCCAUCACCCCCCCAUCCUCCGGCCCCAUCAGGCAUCGUCGCACCGUCUCGCGCGAUGGCAAGUCGUACGCCGCACCCCCACUCGACCGGUCCGGCUCGUCGUCAUCCCUCGAGUCCAACGACAUGCCCCUCACACCUACCCAAUCCUCCUCCCCUUCCCCCCGCCGCCAGAUCCACGCCUAUGCCAACGCCAAGCGUUCCGCAUCCGCCGCCAUCCGUCCUCCACCCGCAGUCUACAACCCCGCUACCUCGGCAGCCGGCGCACUCCCUCGCUCAGUCACUAGCAACGCGCUCAGGCGGCUCGAGCUGGCCAAUGCUGCCGUCUCGGUCCAGCCCACCAAAGCCCCAUCACCCAAGGAGCAAUCCUCCGUCUUUGCCCGUAUACUCCGGAUGGACCGCCGUCGCCGACCAUCACGCGUCGAGCUGGACGAGGAGGAAGCGCCUACGAUCGGCUGGCCGGCGCUCUAA